AUGAUGAAACGCUCUCGUAACGCGUUCACCGCCAAGGAGAAACUGCACUGGCUAGCCACGUUGGAUGCCGAAGACGGGAGCGAGGAUCAUCUGAUCCUCGCUCACCUGCGGGACAAGGCGGAAGUGGAGGUGCUGGAGGAUGUGCUGGACGAGGGGGGGGACGGGGUGAACCCCAACCCGUUCUACGAAGACCCCUCGCACGCCCCUGAGCCCGCCGCCACCAAGGAGGUCGAGGCAGAGGACGAGGAGGAAGGGCUUGCAAGGGAGGAGGAUGUGGUGGGUGCUGCUGCCGAGGAAGGGGAUGUGAUGGCUCCGGAUGAGGAGGGGGAUGAGGCAGAUGCAGAGAUGGGAGGUGCGGACGAGUGGAGUGAGGAUGGAGACGACUGGUGGGCAGCAGGCUGCUAUGAGGGAGAGGAAGUGGAGGAGUGGGUUGCAGGUGAGGAUGAGUGA